CGUGGGCCUAGGCCUUUCGCCGGACCCACAUGUCAUGCAUUUCCAAAACGCGCUCUUCUUUUGUACCGCCGGCUCACGCUUUCUCACCGUGGGUCGGCUGCUGUUCCGUCCGCGCCUACUGGGACUUUUUCUUCUGGCCCUCCCGAGCCUUGGGUCACUGACACCCUGGCGCCACGGUGGGCAUAACGGGAAUUUUGAAACGGCCGCCGCCUGGCCCUGUCCCCCCGUGUGUGCAGAGCGUGGCUUUAAAGCGACGCCGUCGCCUCGCUAGCUUCCUUCCCCCAUUUCCUCGCAGUCGCAUCGCAUCCGCCCUCCUUGCUUCACACGCGCGACGCGAUUUUUCUAUUCUUUUUUUGGGUGGUAGUUGGCCAGGUCGGCGUAGGGAUGGAGACGGCGGCCGCGGCGAUGCUGGAGGCCGGGGUGGGGCGGUUCUCGCGGGCGCCGGCGAUGGCCGCGGCGCUGCUGGCGGAGAUGUGGGCGCCGCUGGCCGUGGCGCUAGCGGCGCUGGCCACGCUGCCCAGCCUGCUGCGCCGCCUGCAGGUCAUCGUCCUGCGCCUCCGCUCCCGCGGGAAGGAGGCCAUCCAGUUGCACAUGGGGACCUACUACUCGUCCUGCGACGACGACGACGACGACGAGGACGGCGACGAAGACGAGAGCUCCGACGACGAGGUCGACGCCAGCUCCUCGGGCGACGACGGCGAGGAUCUGAAGCGAAUCGGGUUCUACGAGGGGGCCGCGGACGGCGUCUUCCCCUGGGGCGGCGCCGUAGUCCGGACCUGGCAGGGCCUCCCGCGCCGCUUCACGGCCUGCGCGUCGGGCGUGGGAGCUGUCGGCGGCGCCAGCGGAGGAGCGUUCCCUGCCGCUGUCAGGCUGUGGGGCGCCGGCACGGCCAGCGGCCAGCCGUGGUGGGCCUGCAGCGCCGAUGAAGGCGGCUGCCGCGACGGCGCGGCCGCGGAGGUGGACCAGGUCGUCGUCGGGUGGCGGCGCGAGCACGCGUCGCAGCAGCGGCGCCGGCGGCGUGCCGUUCCCCUCGCUCACACGGGCAACUGAAACGGAACGGAACGGCAACGGGCAAACGAAGUUACGAAGUGGGUGUGUCGGAUUUGUGAAUAUGCUGCAGGUCGACCAGCUGGAGAUGCCGAUUCCACGAUUAGGGCCCACCUGUAAGUGGGUGGGACGGGCCCAGGCCAAUGAAUAAGGCGAAGGGACGGUGAGAGUGCCGGGAAGGGGAAGGAUUGGUUAGGCGCCGCGCCGGAUCGGUUGGUGACAACAUUAUUAUUUUUUAUUAGUAGUAUAGGAAAGGAAAGGAAAGGAAAAGAAAAAAAAACUGGGGCUGGUGCAGACGUUUGCACUACAUGUUGUACUACUACGGUUACUCCCUGGGUGGGUGGGUUAGAAAUGCGUGAUGCAGCCGCACAUCUUUUACCUGUGGUGAUGACUGAUGAUGUGCACCUUGCACGCAUGCAACUUGUACCGCCAUUCUUUGAUUGAAUCAUGUGGUGAUCUAAAGAGAGGAAAAUGGUGAGAUCUCCUUGGGAUUGAUUUUUAA